UUUGGGUGGGUAAAGCUUCCAGGAAGUUCAGGGUCAUAUUUGGACGAGAUAGAAAGGAUGGAAGCCGAUUUGGCUGCUAAUAUCACAUUCACAAUGAAACCACAAUGGCGAAACAAUGACACGAUGAUAAUGAACGAUACGGUGACAUUUCAAGAUAUCUGCAUGAAUUGGUACGGCGAAUGCUAUAGACAUACAAAUAUGAUCACACUAUUGAAACGACGUCAUGAAUUGGAAGAAAGGGGAAUCACUGUCACAUAUCCUCAAGCAAAUACUGGUGGAACACCAAUUUAUCUGGCAUUCAAUAUCGGUGGUGUUGAGACGUUCCCAAAUGACACCAUAAAGAGUGUUCAUGCAAUGAGAAUAUGGUAUUUUCUGCGAUUUGACACGCCGACGCUAGACGCUAUGGCCAAGGAAUGGGAAGAGGCAGGUGCGAAGUAUGUUCGAGAGAAAUACGGAGACAAUCCACUAAUAAAGUGUCACAUUAAGCACUCGCGAAUAGUGGAUCAAGGGCUCACAAACAACGCAAAUCGCCUCAAACCCUACUUUGCUGUCACAGUGAUUGUCCUAAUCGCUUUCACUUCCCUUUAUUCAAUGAAAUGGAACAUCAAAGCCGACGAUGGCUUCAGCGGUAUAGAAAAUAGAGCUUUUUGGGCGUGGUGCAGCAAGUACGAAAUUGAAUGUAGCAAAAUACAGCGGCAAAAACGUAUGGUAGAAGCCAUCAGCGAAUCUUCAGUUGCGAUCUUCAUCACCUCAAUUACAGAUGUGUUAUCGUUUGGAGUCGGCACCUUCACUGAUAUUAUUGCUGUCGAAGGAUUUUGUGCUAUGACAUCGGCCUGUAUGUUCUUCACUUGGCUGUACCAGGUCACCUUCUUCGCUGGACUAAUGGUGAUCUCGGCUAAGGUCGAACUUGCAGGGAGGAAUUCAUGUCUACCCUGUAUCAAGGUGAGCUUCGAAUUUCAAAGUACCAUUUAUUAUUACGUUCCUUUCCUUCUUGAUCUCAGAACGAAGAUCGGAGUAGCCAUCUUAUUUAUAGCUUAUCUAGUGAUCUCCGUGUACGGCAUCUCAGUAAUGGAACAGGGUUUGGACUAUGACAAGUUACUCCUCCAAACCGACCCUCUAGUGGAGGCAUUUGCUCGGGAAAUCGAGCUUUUUCCCAGUGGUGAUCAGGUAAGUCGCCAUCAAAAAAGCUCCAGACAUGUCUAUAGUAAUGGUCCUAAGAGCACUUCCCUGUGGCUCAGAGAAUACCUCAAAUAUGCUAAUCUGACGGGUUCCUUUCUGAAUGAUGACCGUGAAUCCUGGGUAAUUGGCGUGUACGAGUGGUCUCAACUGUUUGCUUUCUACAAACUUUGGUCCCAAGACUUCGUGUGGGCGAACACCUCAGAUUACGAUCAUUUGUCGUUGGUGUCGUUCCGCUUCAGAAUUGGUCUCCAUGACCUUUCUACUCCAACGGAUCUUGUUAUGGUGACUGAAGAAGUGAGGGAUCUGGCUGCUCAACACCCUGAUCUGGAGAUUUUCACCUACCAAUACAGUCGUGCGAUUGCUGAUCAGUUGAACGUGAUUCUCCAGUCGACUAUCCAAAACGACUCUUUGGCUGUGAUCUGUAUGAUAAUUAUCAGUCUUCUUUUUAUACCCAAUCCUCUCUGUGCAGUUUGGAUUACCAUCGCCAUCAUCACCAUCGAUGUCGGUGUGAUCGGCCUGCUUUCGUUGUGGAGUGUGAAACUCGACCCAAUAUUUAUGAUCACAAUAAUCUUGAGUAUUGGGUUCUCCAUCGAAUUUUCAGCCCAUGUCACACACGGCUUCGUCAGCAAUGAAGACAAUCUGUCACCAAAAGAGAGAUGUAUCAUUGCAAUGGAAAAACUAGCGUGGCCAGUGGUACAUGGCAGCAUGUCGACGAUUCUUGGCGUUACGGUACUUGCGUUCAUCAACUCGUACAUGGUUCUUGUCUUUUUCAAAACAAUCUUCCUGGUGCUUACCAUCGGUGUCUUCCAUGCUCUCGUACUCUUACCGAUUGUACUUGCCGUCACUACGCCGUACGUGGAACGACUUAACUCUCGUCUUCAGCGGCGGUCUGAUGAGAAGAAAACCAAGGCAACAACCUCAAAAGGCAGUGUCUAUGCUGUAACAGUCCCGGUUAAUGUAUCCUGA